AUGGAAGAAAGGAUUACUCGGGCUGCGACUGCCAAGUUAAUGAAAAAAGCUUUUCUUGAAGCUCUAAAAUCAAAUGACUACAAAACGCUGGAAGAUAUUUUGAUACAAAAGCAAAUAGAUGUGGACACAGUGUUUGAAGUGGAAGAUGAGAACCUGAUUUUGGCAUCAUACAAACAAGGAUAUUGGCUGCCUAGUUAUAAAUUAAAAUCAUCUUGGGCCACUGGACUGCACAUAUCAGCCCUGUAUGGAUAUCUGGAGAGCCUCAUGGUACUGUUAAAUCACAAAGCGGCCAUCAACUACAAGCCAAAUGGGAAAGCUGCUAUCCACGUGGCAUGUGACGUGGCAAACGUUGAGUGUCUCACGAUCCUUUGCAACCACGGAGCGAACGUUAACUGCUUUUCACUGAGCGGCCACGCACCCUUACACUUCUGUACAACAACGGCCUCUGUGCCUUGUGCCCAGCAGCUCAUUUGGAGAGGAGCAAAUGUGAACAUCACAACAAACAAUCAGGAUGAAGAGACUCCCCUGCACACAGCUGUACGUUUUGGCAUCCCUGAACUGGUGGCAUUUUACGUGGCCCAAGGAGCAAAUGUUGAUGCAGUCAAUGCCCACAUGGAAACUCCACUGGCCACUGCAGCUUACUGGGCCCUUCGCUUUAAAGAGCAGGUGUACAGCAUGGAACACCACCUGAUCUGUAGGAUGCUGUUAGACUAUAAAGCUGAAGUUAACUCUCGUGAUGAAGAUUUCAAAUCACCACUCCACAAGGCUGCCUGGAACUGUGACCAUGUGCUGAUGCACGUACUGCUUGAGGCUGGGGCUGAAGCAAACCUGAUGGACAUCAAUGGCUGUGCCCCCAUACAAUAUGUUCUGAAAGUGACAUCCGUGCGGCCAGCUGCCCAGCCUGAAAUCUGCUACCAACUUUUACUGAAUCAUGGAGCAGCUAGAAUAUAUCCUCCACAGUUCCACAAGGUGUUGCAGGCCUGUCAUUCCCACCCGAAAGCCAUUGAGGUUGUCAUUAACUCAUACGAAUAUGUCAAGUCAACAUCAAAGUGGAGAGCAGCUAUACCCGAUGACGUCUUUGAGAGGCACAGAGAUUUCUACGACUCUCUGUUCACCGUAUGCAGUAAUUCACCACGGUCGCUCCUGCAUUUAUCUAGAUGUGCUAUUAGACGAAUAUUGUUCAAAAGAUGCCACAAAGGAGUCCCUUCACUUUCCAUUCCACCUCCAUUGAAGAAGUACUUGCUUUUAGAACCAGAAGGAAUCAUUUAUUAA